AUGGCUGCGAACCGGGUGGGGCGGCGCCUGGGACGGGCUUCGCCGGCGCGCCCGGCCGGGCUGUCUCCGGGGGGCGGCCGCGCGGCCGAGAGGACGCCCAGCCCGGGCAUCCAGCGGCGCCAGGCGAGGGUCACCGUCAAGUACGACCGGCGGGAGCUGCAGCGGCGCCUCGACACCGAGAAGUGGAUCGACGGCCGCCUGGAGGAGCUCUACCGGGGACAGGAAGCCGAGAUGCCGGACGAGGUGAACAUUGACGAUCUGCUGGAGAUGGCCGCAGACGAGGAGCGGGCCAAGAAGCUGCAGAGCAUCUUGGAGUCCUGCCACAAGGACACGGAGGACUUCAUCCAGGAGCUCCUGGGGAAGCUGAGGGGCCUCCGGACAGAGCACGUCCUCCGCCGGACCAGCCCCGACAGCGGAGGCGGCGGCAGCCGGGAGAGAGCGGAUCAGGGCCCGGGGAGCCCCGAGGAGCGAGUGUGAGAGCCGCCUGGUCUUGCGGAAGGCUUUGCCGAAAGCCUCAGGGGUGGACUCCUGGGGGAGGACGGGGGAGGGGGAAAUAGAGAGGUGAGGCUGCCGGCA